AUGGCUUCUACACCCGAUCUCGCGGCUCUACGCGCAAACAUUACCGCUCUCAAUGAGCAUAUCCAUACCCUCAAGUCCCAGUCGGCUGAUCCUGCGACGAUCGCUGCCGAGAACAAGAAAUUGGGUGAACUCAAGAAGCAGCUUGGCCAGCUUGGGGGUGGUGCCAAGGGUGACUCUAAAAAGGACAACAAAUUGGCCCUCAAGACUCCCAAGGGCACACGGGACUGGUCUCCACUCGAAAUGUCCAUCCGAGAACACAUCUUCUCCACCCUCCAACGCGUAUUCAAAGCUCACGGAGGCGUUACCAUCGACACACCUGUAUUCGAACUACGGGAUAUCCUUACGGGAAAGUACGGUGAAGAUAGUAAGCUUAUAUACGAUCUCCAAGACCAGGGUGGGGAGCUAUGCAGUUUGAGGUACGAUUUGACGGUUCCGUUUGCAAGAUUCCUCGCUAUGAACGGUACCACAUACCCCACAAUCAAGCGAUACCACAUCGCCAAAGUGUACCGCCGAGAUGCACCAGCCAUGACCAAAGGCCGAAUGCGUGAAUUCUACCAAUGCGACUUCGACAUUGCAGGCCUCUACGAUCCCAUGGUUCCGGACGCUGAAGUCCUAUGCAUCCUCUCCGAAGCACUCACAGCGCUCGACAUUAAAGACUUUACCAUCAAAAUCAACCACAGGAAGAUUCUAGAUGGUAUCUUCGGUUUGUGCGGUGUUCCAGUUGACAAGACCCGAUCAAUUUCGUCUGCGGUUGACAAGCUUGACAAGCUCCCCUGGGCGGAUGUAAAGAAAGAAAUGGUCGAGGAAAAGGGCCUGCCGGAGGAGGUGGCGGAUAAGAUUGGAGAGUAUGUUAAACUCAAAGGCGGUCCUGAACUCCUCACCCAACUUCGCGAAAGCCCACUCGCUUCAAACGAAAGCGCCAAAGCAGGCAUGGAGGACAUGGAACUACUAUUCAAGUACUUGAACGUAUUCGGCAUAACCCAUCAGAUGUCGUUCGACUUGUCCCUCGCUCGAGGACUCGACUAUUACACGGGCCUCAUCUACGAAGCAGUAGUCGAAGGCUCUGCUCCGCCCGCCGCAUCCAACACAUCCGCCCUCCCAUCCACAUCCGCAUCCACACCUACCACGGCCAAACCCGCACCCAAAUCCAAACCCAAAAAAUCCAAACCCAAAAACGAAGACGACGAGGAAGACAUCGACGAAUCUCAAGUUGGAGUCGGGUCUAUCGCGGCAGGAGGCAGGUACGACGACCUCGUCGGGAUGUUUGCUUCGGCCGCAGCGGGCAAGGCGUCCGCAUCCGGUUCUGGGUCCGGUUCUGGGAGCGCGAGCGGGAAGAUUCCGUGUGUGGGCGUGAGCGUGGGUGUCGAGCGCGUAUUCUCGAUCUUGAUGCAGCGGGAAAAGGAACGCGGGCGGAGCAAGGCGACUGAGGUGUUUGUGGUGAGCGUUGGAGAAGGGUUGAUUGAGGAACGGAUGAGGUUGGCCAAGGAGUUGUGGGAUGUUGGUAUCAAGGCCGAGUACAUGUACAAAAUCACCCCAAGACUGGACGCACAGUUCAAAGUGAUGGAUAAAGAGUUGAUCCCGUAUGCUGUCAUGCUUGGACCGGACGAAGUCAAAGAGGGCAAGGUCAAAGUUAAAAUUCAGGCGAGUGGUUCUUUUUUUGUAAAGUCUAUCCUGUGA